AUCUGCUUCUGAAAUUCAAAAUUAAUUUCCAAUUCUUUUAAAUGAGUUGACAUGGAGAUGACUACCAUUGGUUAGAUAACUUGUUGUUUGUCAAUCUUAACUUUAAACACUUAUCUGUAGUUGGUUAUUAAUUAUUUUCAGAUUUUAUUUCUGUUUAUGAUUGAUUUUUUCUUUGAGUAUUAUUUUAAUCGUUAGAGUUUAAUUUCCAUCUUUAAAAUUAUUGGCAGAAAUUUUGAUUUCACAAGUUGUCAGUUGAAACCAAAUUGUUUGAAAAUGUCUACUGUUAAUGUUUCUCAUCAACCUUUAACCCUUCAUGAACAUGAAAUGGUUAGUAAAGGAAGUAUUACUAAAAGGGGAACAUUAUCAAACGGUGUAAACGUUAUGUUCAUUUGUAUUCCUAGGCUCAAUUUAUAUGUCAUAUCUGAUGCUGAUAAUUUUGGCCCACACUGGAUUAAUGUUGAAUUUGAGAAAAACAAUUACAAUAUUAGACAUCUUUUAGGUUCAGAUGCUGAUACAUAUCUACCUGUUGCAAGAUAUUUUUCGAAACACAUAAUCGAAAAUACAUUUAAGACUUUAUCACCAGUCGAACUAUCAUUGCAGCGAAAAGAAUUCAUUUUGAAUUUAUCUUUACGGAAAUUUGAUAAAAAAAUUCUUGAAGAAAUUGUGAAUCUUAUGGUUGAGCCUGAAUCAAGUUAAAGCAACUUUCUAGAUAUCCCAUGAAAUUUUCAUCUCUAUUUUGUAAUCACAACCGAUUAAAUGAUUAAAGUAAUUGCCCUCAAUGUCUAUUGGAAAUCUUAUUGUGUUUCGUAUAAGCGAAAAGAUUAUUGAUUUUUCAAAUGUACAUUGGCUUACCUAACACUUUGACCAACGGUUGGAUUCAAUUUUCAAUCGUCAUGUGAUUUCAUCUGCACUUAAAUAUUUGAUCGCAAUUUUCAACGGAAUAAAUUGACUGUACUCAUCCAUUUUUCCUCGAUUAUCUUUAAUAUCAAUAUUCACUAGAAAUUAUAAUGAUAAACUUGAAUAACU